AUGGAGCCUAGGCCGAGAAGCCCAUCCCAAGUGGUUUGUUGGAGAAGGCCUCUUGAGGGCUGGUUCAAAUUGAACAUUGAUGGAUCUUCUAGGGGUAACCCGGGUGAAGCGUGGGGCAAUGGAGUAUGUAGAGGGGAGAAGAGAGAUUUCUGCUUUGGGUUCCAUGAAGGCUAUGGCGUCGCCUCAAACACUCGAGCGGAACUCCAGGUUAUCCAUGACGGGAUGAUGCAUUGCCUGCGCUUGGGGUACUCUAAUAUCAUUGUUGAAUCAGAUUCCCUGCUCUUCCCUGCUCGUGAUUGGCAUAAGCCGGUGUUCAAGGUUCACGUCGUCUCUAUAGAGACCAUCACGCCAUCCUCUCCAACUCCCCAUCCUAACCGUACAUUCCAUCUCUCGUUGCUAGAUCAGAUCGCUCCUUCGCUAUACGUCCCUUUCAUUCUCUUCUACUCUGGAAACGGUCAUUGCAAUACCGAACACUCCGACGUCUUUCGCCGGCAGAAGAAAUCUCUUUCGGAGACCUUGACUCUCUUCUACCCGUUCGCCGGGAGGAUCAGGGAAGAAGAUCAGGCGGUUGAUUGUAAUGAUGAGGGCAUCGAAUUUUUCGAAGCCCAAAUCAACGGUCGGCUCUUUGAGAACACACUCUUCCCACAGAGAGAAGCGGCAGAUUUUACUUUGAGCUCCAUGUUUCCCAGAGAAAAAACGAAUGUUCUGACCAAGAUGUUUCUAUUCAAUCGGCAGAACAUAGCCAAACUUAGAGCUAGAGCCCCGGAGGACUUGCGGCCCACUCGAGUUGAGGCAGUGACUGCUCUCAUCUGGCGGAGUAUCAUGUGGGCUCAAGGUAAGCCCGGGAUGGUAAGGGUGUCCGUAGCAAUGCUUCCUGUCAGUUUGCGAAGCAGGAUGGUCCCUCCCUUGCCAGACCAUUCAUUCGGAAAUCUUUGCGUCGAUGCAGUUUCGUCAUGGGUGUCAGAUGGAGAAUGCAAUGAGGACUUGCAGCUUUGCUUAGAGAGGCUGCUGAGGUAUUCGAUAAGAAAAAUCGAUAGUGAGUACGUAGCUGAAUUGCGAGGACGGGACGGGCUCAUAAAGGCGUUUGAAUUGCUGACAGAGGUAUUUGAGAAAUACUCGGAAUAUAGCAUCGACAUUUGCUUGUUUAGCAGUCACUGUAGGUUCCCGUACUAUGAAGCGGAUUUUGGUUGGGGAAGGCCGAUAUAUAAGUUUCCAAUCGAGUUUCUUUUAUGCAUUUAUGGUCCAUAUAAUGGUUAUUACAUGAUGAACAGAGAGAAGACACGGCUUUCGAAAUCAAUGGACAGCUACUGCCUGUCGAAAGCCACAUUAGACGGACGGAAGCGGAUUGGCUGGUGUACCUCAAACCAGCUGUAUAACUGCUGUAUUGAUGUUAGCAAGUUCCGUGGGUUUGAUCAAGAGGCAUAUGUUAUAGUCUUUCUUGAUAAAUUGCAAGUUUAA